AUGAUUACCUGGACGCAGAAGCUCCGCAGACGGCUCGAACCAUCGGCGAAUCCCACCCAAGAGGAUACACGCCCACGCCGACAGCCAUGCAGAUUGCUGAAACGAAAGAAAAAUUAUAUUACACAGUGUAAUGAUGUAAAGCAAAGCGAUAUAGGAAACACUAGUGCAAUAACAACAGCUAUUCCUACAAGAAUAGUGCUGGCUUUAAAUGGCACGUUUCCGACAGUGGAUAGAUCAUCUAACCGUCCAAUGCAUUCUUCUCCGACUUCACCUGAUGUUAUUAUGAGGUGGUUAGUAGUCUAUACUCGGUACACGUUGCAAGAUACAAGAUACAACUCACAACUCACAACUCACAACUCACAACUCACAACCGGACGACUAAGACCUGAGGCAAGACUCGGGAUUGAGGAUCGAGGAUCGAGAAUCAAAAUGGCCUCUCAGGCAACCUGGUACAAGUACAAGUAUAAUAUACUUAAGUGGCUUAUUACAUAG